UGCACAGUCUUCUCUUCUCUCCAUCCACCUUCUUUCUUCUUCUUCUCUCCGACGCACAGCCUCACCGCCGGACACCAGCACAGUUGCACACUCGCGCUGCUGCAUAGCCACACUGCCUCAUCGACGCACCUCCUCCACUGUAACAAAUGUUUAAGGUUUAUGCCCCGCGACCGAUCUUUGCGUCUGCGCCUCUGCCUCGCCACAAUGCCACCACACACCACUGCCACCAUCUUCCCGGUCUCCGUCUUCACCCUCAAACCGCCUCAGUCGCUGGUCGUGAGCCCCCUCCAUCUUCACCAGCCACCACCGUCCAGUCGCCGCCUUGCCUCUGGUUCUUAAAUCGUGCUUGCAAGAAGAUGGGGUUAAAAAUAUAGAUGAAGUCAUGAGGAACCAGUUCAUUUUUGGUGGAGUUGAUAUCACUGGCCCACAUUUGCAUACUAUUUACCCUCAUGGCUAUACUGACACACUGCCAUUUGCUACAAUGGGAUCUGGUUCCCUUGUAGCAAUGCCUGUCUUUGAAUCACGAUACCGUGAGGAACUAAUAAAAAAGGCAGAGGGAAUUCAAUUGGUGACGGAAUAUUCAAUGAUCUGGGUAGUGGAAGCAAUGUUGGUUUCCCAAAACAGAUGAACAAUUUCCUUGUUAUAUAUUCAAUCUUAUUAAAUCUGUCUUGUACCCAAAAAACGUACUCUGUAAAACAUAAAUAAAGAUUGGUUAGAGUUCUCAUA